AUGAAUUACAUUUUAGUGGAACAAGAUGAAAGACUUUAAUUAUUGAUAAGUAUUGUAAAGAGAAUUAAAUCUAAUACUGUUGUAGUUUUCUCUGAAAAUUAAAUUAAUGUAACUAAAUUCCCAAUAUUUAGUUUUUGUAAGAGUUGUUCAUCUUAAUGGGAAUUAAAACAAACUUUAGAACAUAAUAACAACCAUCUAAUUAAACAUUAUAAAUUUAUUAUGAUCCUCCUCUGUAAGAAGUUAAAAGUGGUUUAAUAUUUGUUUUGCCUGAAGAGAAGAUACCUAAUUGUAAUGAAAGCAAAUUAGAAAAAAAUAAAUUAGAAUAAUUUGCAACUUAGGAAGUUAUGAAAUUAGUAUCUCAUAAUUAUAAUCUAAAUUGUUUAGCUGAAAAGGCAUAUAAGGAUUUUGUAUAUGUAUAAUAAUAUAUAUAUAUAUAAAUAGAUUUAUCAACAUAAAUUAGAUCAAAAUAAUUAUGAUGUUUUAAAAUUGAAUCCCAUGAGAUUAUGUAAAUCCUUUGGAUUUGAUGUAACUCCAAAAUUGAAUAGUAAAUUUAAUUUUUAUUUAAUAUUUUAGAUUUUAAAUUAAGAUCAAGUAAAGAAUACCCAUAAAAAUAGAUUAAAACUAAUUAAAUAAAAUCUAAAUAAAUAAAAAAACAACCAAAAAUAUUUAAUUAAAAAUAACAUAAAAAAUGA